UGUAUGGCCGGGUGGUAUAUGUGAGGUUCGAACUUCGGGUGCAAGUGCAGAGUUCGAAUCUCACAACCCACACACUAGUCCGUUAGGCCAAUCAAGCUCCUGACGAAUAUCCAUGAUAACGCGGUGAUAACGGUGUGUCUUAACAGCAAUAUGUCCCAGGGCUUCGGGCUUCACCAUGUAAAUUUUAAUACAUAGAAAAAUAACAGUUCGUAACUUAUAUCUCAUACAAUAAUGUUUACCUGUGAAAUUUGUGAUUCCAAACUUUCUACGGAAAAGUCUCUAAAGGCUCAUCUUAGCAAUGUACACGCCAAUACGUGUAAUAUCUGUUUAUUCAGUGAUUCACGUGUCAGCGUUGAAUUUCAACGUGAGGAAGCCUCUGGGUGUUUUCGAUGUGUUUGCUUGGCGCGUCCGAAAUGGAAGGACCCAAAAAACUUGAGUACUCACGCUAAGAACUGUCCGGAAGUCUACCAGGCUGUGCUUGACGGUUCUUUACCACUUCGUAAGGUAACUGAGAAGCGCCUGGAACAUUUUAUGAAGGCCGUACGUUCGGUUGUACACGGUGCGGACUCAGCUGCUGAUUCUGAGGAAGAAGUCGAGCUUAAUCCCUUGUUGCGGGCUCCACAAUCGGUGCGGUACUCAGAUGUUUAUCCUGAUGUUAGGCACAUAAAAUUAAACUUCCCUCUCUUAGAUAGCGACUUUAUGCUAUAUGCUAUUGAUGAGGGGUACGCUCUUCUCUGUGCUAAGUGCGCUUGUAUUGUUCCCUCCGAUCUUCUAAGCGAGCACCUGAAGAAGUCUCACCGAGGAAAAGUACGGGUGCUUCGUAAGUUUGAGGAGGCUUUUUCCAAUGCUAUCCUCUACAGUCAGGAAGCAUUGUUUGACUACUUUUAUGCUCUACAGGAGGAACGAAUUACUAUUCGACCUAUUCCUUUUGUGGAUAUCUUGCGAAAUUGUUUUUUUUACGACAAAACAAUUUUCGCAGAAAAGGAAAAGCUACUGGAAUACCUUAAGGAAAAAAAUUUGUCAUUGAAUCUAAUAGUAAAAUCUAUUAAGUUUGUUGAUGUGCAAGUUUUAAAAUUUCCCUUUGCGGAUGUUUUAGUAAAAGUUAAUUUGCAAUAAAAUUUUAUUUCUUUAUACUAGUAAUAAACUAUUUCUAGAGUUUGAGAAAGUUAUUAUUUUCAACAUUGGCCGUGAAAAUUUUUUGCUCUAUUUUUGGUGGUGAGUUUUUUUGGUGGUGUGGUAAUGAAAUUUUGACUAAGGUCGCAAGUACACCAUUAG